AUGGCAGAGUUUGCUGCGACGCAACUCAUGUAUAAGAAUUCCUGUGCCUUUUCACAAGUCACAUCUCCUUCCGAGACUCCUCAUCUCAACCGGAUGAGCAACAUGACUAUGACUGUACAGAAACCAACAGCUCCAUCCUCCAAUUACACAAGCAACGCCAUGGCUUCUGGCAUUUCAGUUUCCAAGGGUCGAAUGGCCUGGCCGUCGCCACCUCUGGCCCCGACUGAUGUCGACACCAACUACUACGUCCAGGACUUUGCCGCGGCGUGUAACGGGCUGGCAGCAGGAUGCAGUUAUUCAACAGCACCUCCCAACGAUGUGUGGUGUGCUUCUGUGCCUGCUGUCAAUCAGCAACCGUCGGAGCAGUAUCAAGCUCAAGGGAUGUCUGGCAACGCCCAGGAUCCCCCCAACAUUUGUACGCCGAGUCCGUCAACCGAUUUUGGGUUGGAUAGCACGGACGGAUUUCUCCUCGCGCUCAACUGUGACAAUGGAGACCCUUGCGGCCAUCUGUGGGGAGUUGACAUCACGCCAUCGAUGAACACAUUCGGGAGCAGCCCGAAAUCUCAGCCCGACUCGGCGGUCGACUCGCCGGCCUCAAUGGACACACCCAAGGACACAGCAACUGCAAGUCGCCAGGAGCCUCGGUCGGUUCCUUGCUCAGCAUCUCCACCGUCAGACUCCACCGAAUCUGGGGACACGGAGAAGGCUGAUGAGCCGUAUGCAAAAUUGAUCUACAAAGCGAUCAUGACUCGCCCAGACUACUCCAUGACGCUGCAGGAAAUUUACCAAUGGUUCCGAGAACACACGACCAAGGCAGUGACGGAGACUGGCGGUUGGCAAAACAGCAUCCGGCACAACCUGAGUAUGAACGCGGCGUUUAGAAAACGUGACAAGGUAAUCUCCAAAGCUCCACGGAACGUGUCGGGCACAACCGAGGAGUCCAAACGGGUAAACGAAUGGGUGUUGGAGGACUGGGCCAUCCGUGACGGUGUGCAGAGCACUACGAGAUACCGACAAAAGACGUACGCGAAACGAGCCGGCGGCUCCGCAGGGCGAACCGGAGCAGAGGGAUGGGCGGUUGAGCACUCGGUCAAGCGAGCACUGUCCGGCCGCAAAGGCGGAUGCGCCACGAGAGCUGCCCGAGUGGGAAGAACGAGCUCGAGCUCGUACGGACAGGUGAUGCAGUUCCCUCAGCAGUCUCGGCAACUGCUCGACUUCCGGCCUGGCUCGCCUACCUAUGCCUCCUCGGUGGCCGACAUGUACGGCAUGAGGCCUGCUCUGCCCGGCCAGUAUACCGCCAUGCCCCAGUACCCGUCACUCGACGCCUACAGGGAAGGCAUGAUGAUGGCGGCGUGCGGAGGCGAUGUCGCCUCUGAGCUACAGCAGCUGGGCGCGGCAGACCCGGCGUCCAGCGAUGAGGCUCCCGCCCAGUGUCGCAGAGCACCGGCGACGGACGCCAUGGCAUUUGACCCCAGCCAGAUGCAACGGCAUGCGAGCGCCAAGUACGAAGAGGCCGAGGCCUGUGUGUCUGCGCUGCCGACAUGUCGUCCCUACCAGCCGUUGCAGGGGAGCCAAUACGUUUGGUGGAAUCAAACCGGCCAGUAG